AAUCUAUUUUAGGGUUCUUGGGAUUUAGGGUUUGUGGAUGGAUCUCAACGUGCUGCCAGAGGAGACGGAGGAGGAGGAGGAAUGCCAGGUUGCAUUGCAGGAGGAAAUUGAAGCGGCGGCGGAAGAGAAUCCAGAGGAGGAGGAGGCGGCGGAGGAGGAUGGCCGCGUCGAGACGGGCGUGGAGACGUAUCGGCGGGAGCGCGAGGAACGAAGGGCGAGGCUGAAACGAAAGCUUGAGAACGCUUCUAUACAACCCGAGAAACCCCGCCGGGCUCCAGCAGCUCCAGCUCCGCCCCCACCGCAGCAACAGUAUGCUGCUUCUUCGAUUCCUUUGAUUCCCAAGGGCUGGAUCGAUUGUCCUCCAUUUGGCGAGCCUGUUCUCAGGUUUGUCCCAUCUAAAGUCUUUCUUGGGGAGGCCUACAAUGCUGCCAUAGAGCCGGGGAAGCGAUAUAGCUGGAAGCGUAUCCUACGACAGCACAAGGAUGUUGGUUUGAUAAUCGAUCUCACCAACACGACCAGAUACUACUCCGCGAACGAAGUGACGAGAGCUGGUCUCAGCCAUUUCAAAAUUCCAUGCAAAGGUAGGAACGAAGUCCCUGACGCUGAGGCUGUAAAUACUUUUGUCUAUGAGACACAUCGCUACCUUCAAAGAUCCAAGACCUCACGCGUCCUCGUUCACUGCACGCACGGAUUUAACAGGACCGGGUACAUGAUUGUCAACUAUCUCGUUCGCUAUUGCGGCCUCCCCGUGACUCAGGCUCUCGCAAAAUUCGCCGCUGCAAGGCCUCCCGGUAUCUAUAAAAAGAGCUACAUUCGGAAAUUAUAUGCGCUCUACCACGACCCCACUCCUUUCGCUGCUCCUGCUGUUCCUGAUUGGAAAAGGCUCGAUUUGAAUGGUACCGUCGAUGAUGAUGACGGCGAUGACGAGGAGGACGACCCUACGCUAGACCGGCAAGAAAACGCUGCUCCAAUGACAAACGAUGAUGUUCUUGGCGAUGCAAUUUCAAGUGAGGAGCAAAUCGAACUCCAACGAUUGUGUCUGUCGUUGCUUGACCUGGUAAGCCAUCGGAAUUCUUCAGCUGAUCUGUUCGACUUCAACCUCCAGGCUUCACAAUCCAGAAACUUGUCUUUUCCAGGCUCACAUCCCGUGUCGCUGGACAGGAGCAAGCUUCAACUGCUGAAACAACAUUACUAUUUUGCAACGUGGAAAGCGGAUGGAACCAGAUACAUGAUGCUCAUACUUUCUUAUGGCUGCUACCUUAUUGAUAGGAAGUUUGAGUUUAGGAGAAUCCAGAUGCGGUUUCCUCAUCCUCGAAAGGACUCUCCUUUGCCCGUGCAUCAUAUGACGCUCCUAGACGGAGAAAUGGUGAUUGACAAACAUCCAGAGACGGGGAAACUGGAGAGGAGGUACCUCAUAUAUGACAUGAUGGUCGUUAACGCCGAGUCACUCGUCAAGAAACCCUUCUCGCAAAGAUUUCAUGGGAUAGAAUCGGACGUUAUAAGGCCCAGACACAAUGACGCGGGCUCAAGUGGCUAUCUUUACAAGGAUGAAGAAUUCAGAGUCCGUAGGAAAAACUUUUGGCCCCUUUCGAGCACAAAACUGCUUUUCCAGAAGCUCAUUCCCGGUCUUUCGCACCGAUCAGAUGGACUCAUCUUCCAGGGAUUUGAGAUGCCAUAUGUUUGCCGAACGUCAGAUAGUUUACUGAAGUGGAAGUUUCCCAGUUUAAACUCAGUGGAUUUUUACCUCCAGAGAUCAGGGGAUACUUUUACUUUGUCGCUGUUAGAGAAAGGAAAUCAUCAAGUGCUCCCGGGAGCUUCAGUAAGUUUUGAUGACUCGGUUGAUCCCUCGACGCUGGAGAACAAGGUGAUCGAGUGCUCGUGGAACAACGAGAGGCAAUCCUGGGAAUUCAUGCGAUUGAGGCCGGACAAGCCGCUUGCAAACGCGUUCAACACGUAUAGAAAGGUAUUCAAUAGCAUCAAGGACAACAUCACACAGGAAGAGCUAGUUGAGGAGAUCGACAGAACGGUCAAGCUCCCCAUGUACAAAGAAAAGGACAAACAGUUUCUGAAGUAAGUUUAGCUGACUUGUCCGCGCAGAUGGAGGAGAAACUAUACAUUUAUGUUGUUC